AUUUGCUGCCGUCUCCCCCCAGCCCCGCACCCGCCGAGAGGGCGGUGCGCGGUGGAGUUUGCUGGAGAGUGGUGCUGAAGGGACAGCUCCCACGCCACCCUCCUUAGGGGCGGGGCUGCGCUUGAUAGACAAACCUGAGUUGCAUUUUCACCUUCAAAUGAGAGAGUCUCCCCAAGCAGCCGCUCGGAUUACAGCAGCCAGCACCCAGUCCCGUAGGUGCUCUGACCAGCCAUCCAUGGUUUUGCUUUCUCUCUGUGAUGGUUACUCUUCAUUCCGAUGUUGAAAGGUUGCAUGUAUCUUGCAAAAUGAGGGAAGCGAGAGCUACUAACCGGCGGUCGGGGCUGCUUUUAUUCCUUUCGCAGUUCAGCACCAAGGGUGGUGGAAUAGCCACCUGAACAUGGGGAGAACAACAACAAGUAGUUCUCGCCUGACAGAUACACACACAGGUCGGCGGAGGAUCCGCCAACAGCUGCGAAGAAAACAGCGUCUGGUAUAUGAAGAGGAGCCGCUCUCUCUCUUCUCAUUAAGUCAUGUCUGACCCAGAGAGAUGGGAAAGCUCGAGGAUAACGAGAGGGUGAUCCUCAACGUGGGGGGCACCCGGCACGAGACCUACCGGAGCACGCUGAAGACCCUGCCGGGGACCCGGCUGGCCCUGCUCGCCUGCGAGUUCCAGAGCGAGUCCUCGGGCGGGGAAGAGCCGCCGCCGCCCCCGCCCACUCCCCCGCCACCGCCUCCCCCCACCCUGCCCCCGCGGGUGCCGGGCGGCGGCCGGGAGGCCAGCAGCGGCGGCAGCCCCCGGAACAGCGGCGGCCCCAGCGAGUUCUUCUUCGACCGGCACCCGGGGGUCUUCGCCUAUGUGCUCAACUACUACCGCACGGGCAAGCUGCACUGCCCGGCCGACGUGUGCGGGCCGCUCUUCGAGGAGGAGCUCGCCUUCUGGGGCAUCGACGAGACCGACGUGGAGCCCUGCUGCUGGAUGACCUACCGCCAGCACCGCGACGCCGAGGAGGCGCUCGACAUCUUCGAGACCCCCGACCUCAUCAGCGGGGAGCCGCCGCUCGACGGCGACGACGACGACCUGGCCGCCAAGAGGCUGGGCAUCGAGGACGUGGGGGCGGCGGCCGGGCCCCCCGACGGCGGGGGCGGGCGCUGGAGACGGCUGCAGCCCCGGGUGUGGGCGCUCUUCGAGGACCCCUACUCCUCCCGGGCCGCCAGGUUCAUUGCUUUUGCCUCUUUAUUCUUCAUCCUAGUUUCAAUCACAACCUUUUGUUUGGAAACCCAUGAGGCUUUCAAUACUAUUAUAAACAAAACCGAGCAUGCCAUCAAUGGCACAGAGGCAGUUCUACAGUAUGAAAUUGAGACUGAUCCUGCUCUGACGUACGUGGAAGGAGUCUGCGUGGUGUGGUUUACAUUUGAAUUUUUAGUCCGUGUUGUUUUUUCACCCAAUAAACUUGAAUUCGUCAAAAACCUCUUGAAUAUCAUUGACUUUGUGGCCAUCCUGCCCUUUUACUUAGAGGUGGGCCUGAGUGGGCUCUCCUCCAAAGCUGCUAAGGAUGUGCUUGGCUUCCUCAGGGUGGUGAGGUUUGUGAGAAUCCUGCGAAUCUUCAAGCUCACCCGGCACUUUGUAGGCCUCAGAGUGCUGGGCCACACACUCCGAGCUAGCACCAAUGAGUUUUUGCUGCUGAUAAUAUUCCUGGCACUAGGCGUGUUGAUAUUUGCCACCAUGAUCUACUAUGCUGAGCGAGUAGGGGCCCAGCCCAAUGACCCAUCUGCUAGUGAGCACACACAGUUCAAAAAUAUCCCCAUUGGCUUCUGGUGGGCUGUGGUCACCAUGACUACCCUUGGGUAUGGGGACAUGUAUCCUCGGACUUGGUCAGGCAUGUUAGUGGGUGCUCUGUGUGCUCUCGCUGGGGUGCUGACCAUAGCCAUGCCCGUGCCUGUCAUUGUCAACAAUUUCGGAAUGUACUACUCCCUGGCAAUGGCGAAACAGAAACUUCCAAGAAAGAGGAAGAAGCACAUCCCUCCUGCUCCGCAGGUGAGCUCCCCUACCUUUUGCAAGACAGACUUGAAUAUGGCCUGCAAUAGCACACAGGGAGAUGUCUGCCUGGGCAAAGACAACCGGCUGAUGGAACACAACAGAUCAGUGUUAUCAGGUGAAGACAGUGCAGGAAGUGAGCAGCCACUCUCACCUGGGGAAAGGCACCCACCAAUCAGACGUUCUAGUACCAGAGACAAAAACAGAAGAGGGGGAACAUGUUUCCUACUGACAACAGGUGAUUACACGUGUGCUACUGAUGGAGGGAUCAGGAAAGGAUAUGAAAAAUCCCGAAGCUUAAACAACAUAGCUGGCUUGGCAGGCAAUGCUCUGAGACUGUCUCCAGUAACAUCACCCUACAGCUCACCUUGUCCUCUAAGACGCUCUCGAUCUCCCAUCCCAUCUAUCUUGUAAACCAGAUGGCAUCAAUCGGCUACAUAGCAUUAAUUCAAAUACUGUUUACCACAUUAUGGAAAUAAAUGUAGCAUUAACUGUAGGCUCCAUAAAUACAGUAUAAAUUCUGCAUGAUAUAAAUGUCAGUAGUGAGAAAUGCCACUUGGGUAGCUGACGAUUCUUACCUUGGCUUUUAAGAUUGUCUAAAGUAGUGCUUCUCCUUUUAUCUACUAUAUUGUCCUACUUUACCAUAGCAAUAAAAGGACAGCUAGUAGACUUCAUUGGCCAGUAUAUUCAAUAAAUAAGUGUAUUUUCAGGGAGAUAUAUUAAAAAUAAUGUGCUUCCAAAUGAUAAUCAAUCAUGCCAUUGGACCUUCAUUACUUGUGACUCUAACCCAUUCUGAAGAUGUCUGGAAUCUUGUCUUUGUCACACACAAUGUGAUUUGGGGCUGAUCAUUUGCAUAGACCAUACUGUCUCCAUCACCUGACAGCAGUGUUGCAGAUUACUGGGACCAUAGAUGGCUCUGGAUGUGUGUUCUUCCAUUGUACCAUCCUGCUGAAAUGAAAGCACUGAUGAAAUGGUCUGUAUGUGGGAUUGUUUUUUUGUUGUUUAACCUUUUUAAUUUAGUUAAAUUAUUUGUUUUUAAAUGGUUUGAUUUCUUGAUUAACUUUGGUACUAGAUUGUUGUAUCAGAGUUCUGAAUGUUUCCGGUUGUUUGCACACAGAUAACUGCAAAGAGGUUGUCAUUACUGGUUACACGCAAGCUGAGGCCAGAUCUCUUUCUUAAUGGCUUGGGGAAGGCACAAAACAUGAAAGAAAGGUAAACACCAUCCAGGCUUGCAAUCUUAAGCUAGCAAGUGCUGCUUGGUACUGUAGUCAUUUUUCUACUCCAGGGUUCUUCAACAUUUUCAGAGGCAGAGUGCCAUGUAAAAGCAAGGAGAUUAUUACUUUUAUCUGUACAAAUAUAGGAGGGCAAUAGUUCUCAAAAGGGGUUUGACCAGCCUUAAAUAUGAUUCAUGAGCUUCAUAAAUUUCUUCAGUCAGUGUUGUUUUUUUUUUUUUUGAGGUGCUUUGUUCUAUAUGUUGUUUCGUCUGUCUGUUUUGCUACGUGUCUGCUGUAUUCUUCAUCUGUCUCCAUAAAGCACAGAAGUACCUUUAAAAUGUCCCUAUCUUUUAAGAUAAACUGUUGAGUACAUUUUCUCCUUUCCCCCCUUAUUGGUACAGACUAUACAUUUCAAGUGUAAGUUAAUAUCCUUUAGCCUACUUAAUGUGGGAACUCUGAAGAUAUUUGAAGUGUGGGAUUUGGCAAUGAUUUUGCCAUUCUAACUGGUUGUCUACUGCAGCCACAUCAAUCCCGCUACCUAGCAACCAACAUUCAUUACUGUAUUCAAACUGUAUCCCCUCCAGUGGCUUUUUCUUUCAAUUUAAAAAGCAAGAACCUGUUUAUGCAACAGUACAAGUGCAACAGUAGAUUUGAUAUUUUUGGCUGGUGAGGAAAAAAAACACCCAACAACAUAGUCUUACGGAAGAAGGGGGGAAAAAGAGCUAAACCAAGUUUUAAGAGAUCCUUGAGAUUGUUGAAUAAUCCCUGACUGUCAUAUGUUUUAUUUUUCUUGUUAGGAUGAGAAAUAACUUUUAUUGUUGACCAUGUAACAUGUUCUUCUGUAUAUAGCCUAGCCCUACAGCAUGACCUGCAUGUCAAACUUCUUGUACUAUAAUAUCUUUAUCAAAGUAUACAUUUCUGAUAUUUAGAGAUGUACAUUGAUUUAGUUUUGGUAAAACAUUGCCAAUAGAGAGAGAUAAUUGCAAACAGCUUUUUAGCAAAGAAAUUAAUAUAAUAUCUGGUGCUGCUGUUAUAUUGACUACAGUGUUGUACAGAAUUUAUCAUGGAUUUUUGACUGCUGAAAAAGGGACAAUGGAAUUUAGCCAUACCAAGGACUGUACUGGAAAGAGACUACUGCUGCUGAAUGGGCCAUGAUAAACAACUCGUGCACUGAACAGGUCUUUGCGCUGUCACAUGGGAAGUAGAGAUUAUUAUGAAGAUGAAGGACUGAUUUCAAUUGCUGCUGCCAGUGGAAGAGGUGACUAGUCACUGUUGAUGAGUCAGCUGUAAAUACAAUGUGUGUGCAUGGAAUAUCAGCUUUUGCCAUUUAUGUCAGAGGAAGCUGAAUUCAAAGUCAUCAGAUCUCAGACUCCAUGCAAAGGCCCACAUGCCUCUCUCUGUGUAUUCUUCCUGGUUCCUGCAGUAUGGUCUUGCUCAUGCAAAGGCACACACUUAUAACGAUAAACGAUAGUGAUGUAAACUACAUCUGUCUUCACUUCCCUCAUAACAAAGGUAUUUUUUUUGCAAAGGUCAUGACCGCGGACAGAGUGGGUUUUGCUACAAAUCCUUGCUUUCUCAGUUUGCCAUAUCUAUAUUUUUAUGAAUUCCAAUGUACUUGACAAUUUUUGUUUACUUUUCACUUCGAUAAGAGAAAUGUGACUGCAGACAAACAUCACAGACUUUGUUCACAGUACACUGUCUUUUUUCAUUGUUACCUCAGACUAUAAGUAUUAUGAGAAAUACAAUUCUGGCAGCAAGAAUAUUUGGGUUUUUUUAAUUCAAACUAUCACAGAAGCAACAUCAGUAAAUUUAAAAUAUGUAUUAAAAUUACAUCCUAAAAUGUAUAUUUUGCAUAAGAGAGAUAUUCUUUGAUCAAUUACUUUUUGUGAGUUUUGUGGUAAAUUGAUCUAAUCUAUUCUAUGUCUUUGAUGCAUUGUAGUUGUUACAGUGUGUUAAUUAUGUUCUCCCCAUCCUAUUUACUGAGCUUUUCUCCAGAAUCUGUUUGUCAUCCUGGUAUCCUGAAUGUAGGGACUAUCCCAGUUGUGAAACUCUGUAUCGUGGAACUUUUGUGAACAUGUCAAGGUGCAUGCACAAUCCUGGUGGAAACUAAUAGAAAUGUAACUAACUGAAAUGGAGAAUAAAAGGCAAAUGAUUUGGGGAGGAGCUUGGACCAUA